AUGGUUACUGACAAUGGCACACCUUUUGUUAACAAGCAAGUAAGUUCAACACUUAGUGGUUACGGAAUCAAGCAUCACCACUCAACACCCUAUUACCCACAGGGAAAUGGUCAAGCAGAGGCUACCAAUAAGACGAUACUAAGGAUUGUAAGCAAAAUGGUGUAUGAGUAUGAGGGCGGUUGGAGCACUCACCUGCCGGAUGCUUUGUGGGCUUACCGCACCUCACCCAGAAGUGCUACAGGUUUUUCACCUUAUUCACUGGUAUAUGGGUCCGACACUAUUUCACCUGUGGAAAUCACCAUUCCCAUGGCCAGAGUAUCAGUUGUUAACGAUCUUGAAUGGGAUGCAAAGUCAUGCUCGGAUUGGCGUUUGUUGGAUCUUGAAGCAUGGACGAAAGGAGAAUGGGAGCCGAAAGAAAAAUGGCCCUCUACCACAAGACUAUUGCCCAAGCAUAUAACAGGACCGUUAAGCCUCAAGCUUUCAAGCAAGGAGAUCUUGUGCUAA